CGGACUUGUCUCUUGUCAUUUUGCUCAACAGCUGAUCAUCCAACUCGCUGCGCGCAGUUGGCGCACUAAUAACCGUUUUAUUUGGGAACAGCUCAGGGGCGAGAAGCCCGGAGCUGUACCGGUGCAUGAAGCACCAAAAAGGAAGCCCCUAUUACUGAAGAAAUAUGGAUGGUGAUAAAGUGGCUGUGAAAAAUAGUAAGCCAAACAUUCUUAUUAUUGAACGUUUUUAUGGAGGUUCUCAUAAAGAAUUGAUAGAUAAUAUUACUAAAAGUAUUUCAUCAUUCACACUUGUAACCCUACCAUCCAAGAAAUGGCAUUGGCGCUCAAGAUGUGGUGCUAUAUCCUUGAUGACAUUAAUUCCUGAAAUUACAACAGAAAGGAUUCUUUUCUGCAGCUCUGUUUUGAAUUUAGCUGAAUUGGUGGGAUUGAGACCAGAACUGACAAGGUUGAAGAAGGUUAUAUACUUUCAUGAGAAUCAGUUAAUUUAUCCUAUACAAGAUAUUAAGGCCAGAGAUAUUCAGUAUUCAUAUAAUCAGAUAACCUCAUGCUUGGCUGCUGAUAUUAUUAUAUUCAAUUCACAUUUCAAUAAAAACAGUUUUUUGUCUAAUAUUAAGAAGGUUAUUAAGCUAAUACCUGAUUAUCGUCCCAGAAAUUUGGAGGAUUAUAUCAAAGAAAAAUGUAAGGUCUUAUAUUUUCCUGUUUCUUUUCCAAAAAUGCCUGGAAACAGAAGAUUAGCAUGUGGUAGUAACAUAUUGAAUAUUGUUUGGCCUCAUAGAUGGGAAUUUGAUAAAUCUCCUGAAGAUUUUUUCAAUAUACUCAUGCGGUUGAAAUCUGAAAAUAUCAAAUUCAAAGUUCAUAUACUUGGAGAAUGUCAUAAAGAGGUACCUGAAAUUAUAACUAAAGCUCAAGCAAUGUUAAACGAUGAAAUUGUUCAUUGUGGCUAUAUUCAACUCAAAUCAAUGUAUUAUCAAACUUUGCAAGAAUGUGAUGUUGUGGUAACAACUUCUAAACAUGAAUUUUUUGGAGUUGCAAUGGUGGAGGCUACAUACUGUGGCUGUUUUCCACUGGCCCCUGACAAUUUAGUGUAUCCAGAAUUAUAUCCUAAGAAUUGUUUAUAUUCUGAUCUUGAAGAUUUGUAUAUGAGAUUGAAAUGUUAUUGCCUUAAUCCUAUGUUGUCCCGAAAAGAUAGAACAAUGUUAGAAAUGAAUUUAGAAAAAUUCUCUUGAACAAUAAUACCCGAAUUUUUGAAGAUAUUAGAUCUAAUAUAAAUGAUUUGCCUCAUUUCAUACUAUGGUGAAAGAAUCUGCAUUCAAGAUAUUGAAUAGACUGUACCAUUUUGAAAGGUGCGUCCAUCAGUGGCUGACCAGAUAGAUAUAAGAAUUUUAGAGACAUGUAGCAAAUGCAAAGGGAAUCUUGUCAUGGAAUGUGUGUAUCUUCAAAAUUGAAAAUUUUUAGCAAAUAUGCUUGUUGUCGAAAUCAUAAUUCUUUCUUUAUAUUACAAGUGGCCAAGUCAGGAAAACAAGUGAAAUGUUUGAAAGGCUAUUCUGUGUCAUCCAGAUAGUACUCUGUUGUUGUCUCUGAUAUUUGAAAAAUAUUGACAGGAUUUGUAGGAACCAAUGAUGUUAUGAGAUCCUAAAAGUUUCAGAUUUCUAACCCACUUGUUUUUUGAGUAUGAUGGGAAUAUGUACUAAUGAGAAAAAAAUUCACAGGAACUCGUGAACUGAUUGUUCGAAAUUUUGGAUAUAUUUUGAGGGCUGACAGUACCUUUUAGAAAAAAAUUAGGGCUUCAUGGGUUGAAAGGAUUCGUGAAAAAUGAGAUUUUAUUUCUCAUUUUAAUUUCUAACCAUACAAUACAAAUUUUUUUGGAACCUCGAAGAGAAGCGCGUCACCAAAGAUUAGGUUACUCUAUAAUCUUUUAGGCAAUAAGAUAUAGCACAAACACAACAACCAAAGAGUAACAACUCUUUGCAACAACUGUUAUUUAUGUGUAGAGUUUGGAACAUAAAUACAGUAGAACCCCGAUUAUCUGGGAUCUGGGCUGCGGGUUAUGCGUGCCAUGAUUUCUCAUCAUCGACAUUAUAUUUUUGAAGUUCUAUCAGAUAUCUACAAGGUGACAGACUUUCUUUCGAACGCAUAGUUACGUAAAAUACAUAUCCGCUUUACGUAAACGAAAAUUAACAUAAUUUAAAAUAUACCAAUGUAGAGUCCUUAUUUUCAUUAUUUUGUGUAGUUUAGUUUUUUACUUAUAUUUUUUGUUCUGUAAUCUUAUUUUUACAAUACAUAAAUAUGAACAAAGUUUGAACUUGUGGGAUCUAUUUCUUUUUUUCCGUCAACUUUCUAUUAUUAUAUAUGUAUGUAUAAACAUAUAUUAUCAUGUUAUAAAUGAAUGUUGGGACUU